GAGGACGUGAUGGAGGAGACGCAGCAGCCGCUGGAAAACACCAAGUGAAACGUUUCGCGAAAAAAGUGUCGAAAAGUAACUUUUAAACUUUGCUCCGCGACGCUCGAGGCGGGAUGUGUUAGCGUGUGACCGAGAAGCAGUGACUCCGGCAGCUCGUCUCUCUUCCUGCUCCGGGGAAUUACAGCCAGUUUCGGAGGAUGUCAGCCCCCAGCAACUCUCUCCAGCAGGCGAGGGUGAGGCGCAGCAAUGCGGGCUCUCCGGGCGGCGGAGGAGGUGGAGGUGGAGGCGGCGGCAGCAGCUGUCGUCUGCACCCCCUCCGGGCCACCGUGCCCUACCAGCUCCUGCGUGCGGGUCAGAGCAGCCCCACGCGGCCGCAGAGCCUCCACGGAGGGGCCACGACCAGCCGGGGCUCCAGCACCCCCUCCAGCCCGACGCUCAGUCCAGGAAGCGCAAAGCCAAGACUGUCCCCCGAAAACAGGGACUCCUCCUGUCCCCCUGACUCUCCGGUCUCCAGAGCAGAAAGGUCCAAGCUGCAGGUUCGGACUUCCAGUGCCAUCCGGCGGACAUCUUCCCUGGAUGCCAUCACAGGGCCUUACCUCACAGGCCAAUGGCCUCGGGACUCUCAUGGACCGUACGCUUCCUGUAUGAAAGACAAAGCCACACAGACUCCAGGUCUCUGGAACGAUGAAGGAGCAGAGCAGGGAAGUCCUCACCAGCGGUCGGCCUCCUGGGGAAGCGCCGACCACCUCAAAGAGCAGAUUGCUAAACUACGACUGCAGCUGCAGCGCAGCAAGCAGGUCGGCCGGCAGAGUAAAGACCGGGAGCAGAGCUCACUGCAGCUGCCGCAGCAGGCGCUGCACAGCACGGCAUGCCAACCUCAGUACAAGGGACCUUCGUCAGCCUUGUCGUCCUCGAUCCCGGUGCCAAAAUCCUUCAUCUGCCGAGUCCCGAGCAGCGUGGAGGGAAUCAACCACGAGCUAGAAAAUGUAUUUAUCAGAGACGACUGGGAGCAGAGGAUACAGGCCAUGGACACAGUGGACGGCCGCCGGCCCCCUUUCCCUCCGCACCGCUACAGCAGCGGGGGGGACACACGCGACACCGACACACAGGCGCCUUCGAGCGGCGACUCCAGCCCGUCGCCCCGCCCCUUCAGCUCCGAGCACCUCCACUCCCCCGAUGGAAGCCCCUGUUCUGCUGAGGACACUGACAAAGACGGUGUGUGCAGUUCUCCUCUCCCCAAGUUCGCCACUUCUCCCAAACCCAACAACAGCUACAUGUUCAAACGUGAACCUCCAGAGGGCUGUGAGAAGGUCAAAGUGUUUGACGAGUUUGUGUCUGGCAAAUCAAAAGGCUUUCCUCUCUUCUCAUGCCCGGACAAAAACAAGGUGAACUUCAUUCCCAGGGGCUCGGCCUUCUGCCCCGUCAAACUCCUCUGCUCCUCCCUCUUCUCCCCCGUGUCUCCCCUGUCCUGCUCCAUGGCCAACGCCGGGCUCCAUGGCGGAGAGAGCGCCGGGCCGCUGGUGACCCCGAUGACCCCGACUCUGCCCACCGCACCACUACCUACCUUUCCGGCCUCCGCUGACCGGAGCAUCGACAAAAGCACAGGCGUAAACACAGACCACAGCACAGACAACAGCACAGACGGCCCGAGCCCCGACGCAGAUGUGGGGAACGACGGCUCAGCACAAGUUCUGCUCACCAGCUAGUCCUCAGGUGUUCGUGACCAAACCUCCCACAGGGAAAACGUCUCAACUAGUCGGGUGGUUUGGUUUAAAAAACAAACAAAAAAUUAAACGAAAAAGAUGAAAACAAACAAAAAAAAUCCUUGCACUCCGGUAAUCCUAACAUUAGCCAGCAGGGGGUGCCCAAGGUCCUAGAAAAGACACAAACGUACGGAUACUGGGACCAACUUCCCGCUGCACAAUCGUUUUCUGCUCGGGUCCAACUUGUCUCGGUCGUUGUCUCUCAGACUUUAGAGUGAGUGUUGACCUUGGGCACAGCCUCAUCUUGUCCAUCACUAACCUAGCCUUGUCCUCUCUACCCCCCCUGAUACCACCCGUAACAAAUAUAGCUUUGCUUUCUUUUUUGCAAAAAAAUGAAUAAAUAAAAAAAAUAAAAUAGG